GUUAAUGUAAGAAGAUCAAUUGUAAAUUGUGGACAAAAAUAUAUUCGCUAUUAAAUUGUAUUAAAAAUUAACCAAUUUUGAUUAAAAGUGUUAAAUUAACAGUGAAACAAUCGACAGACAACAGAAAAAUAAUAAUGUCCUGUGUCGUUUUUUUUAAAAUACCUAUUGUAAUUUAAGUAAAUUUUUUUCUCUAUUUAAUUUAUCCUCCCUCUUUUCUCAUAUCCAUUUCUUUUUUUUCUUGGUUUAAUUGGGAAAAAAAGGAAAAUUUGUUUUUUUUUUCUUCUUCUCAAUCCCUUUGGUCUUUGUGUAAAUGGUUCGUGAGACUCGUCAUCUGCAGAUCGGCAAUUUGCCGGAAAAUAUCAGCGAAUCAAAAAUUGUGGACCACUUUAGCAGAUAUGGAAUAGUACAACGUGUUAAAAUAUUGGGUGGAAAAUGUGAUAAUUUAAGUGCAACCGUAUCUUUUAUCGAUAUAAGAGCAGCCUCUAAAGCCCAUAAUUCGGAGAAUAGAUUGGAGGAUCGAAAUUUGUGGACAAAAUAUUAUGAGCCACCUUUUUCAUCAUCAACCUCGUCCUCCUCAACCACAACGGCGGCAGGUUCUUCGAUCUCUUGUUCAAUUUCAAAUGCAUCAGUAACACCAACAGCAACAGCCUCUUCUCUACCAUCCUCUUGUUCAUCAUCAUCUUCUUCCUCUACCACCAAUUUAAACACCACCAAUAUUAACACCAACACCUCCAACAUCUCCAAUGUUAAUAAUAUUAUUAAUUCAAUUAAUUCUAAUAUUAAUAUCAACCUAAACAGUAUCUCUGGUUCACAGCAAUCAUCAUCUUCUUUACUUACACCAGGAUCAGAUUCGUCUACAACCUUUAAAGAUGAUCGUCCAUUAGCUAUUUGUGUGAGAAAUUUACCCAUUCGAUCCACAGAUUCAAGUUUAAAGGAUGGAUUAUUUCACGAAUAUAAGAAACAUGGUAAAGUGACCAUGGUUAAGGUUACUGGUCAAGGAACUGAUCGUGUUGCUGUUGUUUGUUUUAAGAAAGCAGAAGACGUUGAAAAAGCAUUAGAAGUCUCAAAAAAUAAAUUGUUCUUUGGAUGCAAGAUUGAAGUUACACCUCAUGAAGGAAUAGAUGCUGAAGAUAAUGAUUUUCGUCCAUUGGAAGCUGAAUUAGAUGAAUACCAUCCAAAAGCAACUCGUACCCUAUUUGUUGGUAAUUUAGAGAAAGAUAUAACCACACAAGAAUUAAGAUCUCAUUUUGAAUUAUUUGGUGAAAUAAUUGAGGUGGAUAUUAAAAAACAGGGAACCUCAACCUACGCUUUCAUUCAGUAUUCCGAUAUAUCCAGUGUAGUUAAGGGUAUGAGGAAACUGGAUGGUGAAAACCUUGGUGCCAACCGGAUUAAAUUGGGCUUUGGUAAAUCAAUGCCCACCAAUUGUGUUUGGCUUCAUGGUAUAUCAGAAUCUACAUCAGAUAAGUGUUUGAAUCGUCAGUGUUCACGUUUUGGUAAUGUUGUUUCAAUAAAUGUGGAUCGGGAGAGGGGAAAGUGUCUUGUGUGUUAUGAUUCAGUGGACUCUGCUCAAGUAGCUGUGACUGAUCUGAAAGGUCGUUUAUUUAAUGGUAGACGUCUUCAGGUUGAUUUCGCUUCUCGUGAAUGUCAAAAUUCAUUCUUCGAGAAACUUUCGCGAAGAAAUAAAUCUUUUUCCUCUUCAUCAUCAUCCGGCAGUGUUAAAUCUAAAACCGGAAUAGGUGUUCAUGGUGCUAAAGAAACCAGUGCAAUCCCAUUGAAAACAGUUGAUGCAACAUCUUCAGUGAUAAAUCGAAGUUUAACCGAUCCUCGUCGUCAAUUAACAUCAUCUUCAGUCCAUCAUCAUUUAAAUUCCUUCUCAUCAAGUGAGGCUCCCACUUCAUCAACACCAACAUCCACAGGUAAUAAUGUUAAUAGUAAUAGUAGUAAUCUUUGUGUUAUAAGUGAUAACCUUACUUCAUCUGUGACCAAUCCAUCAUCCAACAUCUCAUCAUCCGGUCCAUCCUCUUUGGAAUCAAUAAAAUCAUUAGAUGAUUAUUCUUCGUCUACAACGUUAACAACAGCAACAGCAACAGCUACUGGAAACCAAAUCAAUAUCAGUCACCACCAUUCAAAUAAUAAAAAUCGUUCGAGAUCAAGUGAUUCAUGUGAUUUAAAUGCUACCACUAUCGAUACCAAUACUCUUCUCUCUACACUUUCAACUCGGGUCUCUUCAACCGACACCAUGGGAUUAUUAUCAUCUGUAAAUAGUCAACAAGAUGUCCAUAGUACAACUCCUCGUUUUGAUGAUUACAAUUCCAAUGAGGUAUCAUCAUCGAGUGAUAAGGUUGGAUGUACCAUCGGCUCAAGUAAACGUAGUUCUUUAACCAACAGUAACAACAGUAGUACCAAUAUUGUUAAUAAUAAUAAUAAUAAUAAUUCCUUAAGGUCAUUUCAAUCGAGUGGCCUAAAUGUACAAGAUAAUGGUGCAACAACUACAAAUACUUCCUCAAAUUUACCUUUAUCAUUACCUUUACCUGAGUUUGCAGCUUCUCUCAGGUCAUCAAAUAAAUCCUCAUCUCAUCAUCACUCAAGCUCUUCAUCACAUAGAAAUUUAUCUACCUCGGGUUCUUCUCUCGCUCAUCAACAAUCCUCAUCACAACCACCGCUUUCAUCUUUAUCAUCUUCUUUUUCAAUUCAGUCAAAAGAUUCCUCUCAGCCACCACAAGUGCCCCACAGUUCUCCCAAAGGGAACUCAAUUAUGUCUCCAUUGAGUAACUUAUCACCAAGUAGUAUUCAAGUGCCAAAAAGACUUCGUACUAAAAGUACCGAGUCUAAAACCGAUUCUAAUGUAACUACUCCUACAACAACUUCCUCUUUUUCCUCAUUCUCCUCCUUUUCCUCGACCAUUUCCACCACUACGUCAACAACAACUACAACAUCUUGUUCGUUAUCCUCUUCGUCUUUAUCAUCUACAUUGUUAUCUUCCAAUUUAACCUCUUCUACGCCCGGUGAUACCACAUAUAACAACCAAAUUGAUAAAUUAUAUUCUAACACUAAUACCUCUGCAAGUACAAAGUCAAAUCCAAUUAGUUUUAAGGAUAAUGUUAAAGAUAUCUUACUUUCCGGUAGUGGGUCAGCCGAUACAACGGAAAGUUUGACCUUGUCAACGACGGGAAACAGCUCUAAGUUAACUUCAAGUUCACCAGGUUUAACAUCUCCAACAAAAAUGUCAAUUGAAGAUCGGAUUAAAGCUCUUGAUGAAAAAUACAUCUCUUGGAGUGGUGGAGCUGGAACAGGAUCUGGUUCCUCAAGUUCAGUAACUAAAAGUUCAGCGAUUGAUGGAUCAUCCUUUUCAUCAACCCCUACUGUGGAUUACAGUAAAUACAACAUAAUUAAGAAAAGUCAUGUUAAUUUAUCUUCUUCUCUCAACUCCCAACGAACUGAGCCUUCCGACAUCGUUCGUUCACUUCUCUCUAAGUCAAGUAUUUUCGACCAAGAUUCUAAACGUUUGGAGCAUAUUAAUGAGAAAUAUGAGCCUAAAGAGACAACGUCAACUGUAUCUCUUUCUGGUGAUUCUGGUUCAUCAUUGAAACCAGUGUUUCGUACCAAAGCAGCUGCCAAAGAGUUUUCAACUCCCCUCAUUGGUGAUAAAUUAUCGUCAUUAUCAUCUGUUGUUCCUAAUCUUCUUAAUAGGACAUCAUCCUGUUCGACCAGCAAUUUGUCUGGUUUAUCAACUGUUUUAUCAACUACAGUUAAAAAGGAUAAUAUCGUAUUAAAUAAUAUGAGCAGUAGUAAAAAUGAUGUGCGCCGAUUAUCAGCUUCAUCUGAUCCCCGUCAAUGCAGUAGCAUAAAGAAAGAAAUUACCGCCUCAUCAAACCAAAGAAAAGAUAUGCUCAGUGGUCUCACAUCCACAUCAAUCUCAGCUAGUUACACAUCAUCUUAUGUGAAUAAUUUGUCUCAUAAUCAUUUGGAAACAACAGUCAGCUCAAUUAACAAACGUUCAAUUCAACAUCAUAACCAUUCGCAAUCUUCGUUAAAUAAUGGUCCUAAACCUGUGAACAGAAGUGAUCUCAAAAAGGAAACAUUAGCCAAUACUGCUUAUAAUAGGCUCUCAUCUAGUGAUGAUGUGGACCAAGAUCCAGACAAUCAUUUGUCUUCCAGUCAUGAGCUUAGUAACAACAGCUCACGGAAAGGUGAUAAAAUCAAAACACACAUAAAGGAGGAGAAAUGUGAAGUAAAAGAAUCUGUUAAAAUGGGUUCCUCGUUCUUUGGUUCGGCUUCAUCUUUGUCCAAUCAAAAUACUAGUAGUAAUUUACAGUCUCCGACAAAGAAACAUGAUAAAGAAAAGAAAAAUUCUCAUAACAGUGGUGGAGAUAUUGGUUUAAGUAAAUUAAAUGAUAAAGUUCGAUCUAUUGGAGACAUUCCUGUUAAAUCUAUCAAAGAGGAAAAGAAAUUGAAAAAAGAAGGUAAAACCCACAAAUUUUCAAAUUCUCUGACUGAUGAUAAAUUAUUGACGAGCUCGUCUAUCGAGUCAAAGGUCCAUCAUCAAACUUCAUCAACUCAUUUUCACUCUGACACUAAAGUACAUCACCAUCAUCCACCACCUCUGUUUACUCGUAAACUAUCAGAACCAGGAAAACUUUCAGGUGACAGUAAGAAACCAGGAAACAGCACACCAACAACACCAAGUACUCCUCAAUCAGCUCCAGCACGAUGUAGCUCAUUCUCACCCUUUACAACCUCAAUCUCAUCUAGUUCAACAAUAACAACAAUUACAUCAACAGCAACAACUAAAGCCUCAACCGCCUCUUCAUUGACCUGCUCAAAUCUUACACCAACCUCUUCUCGUCUUGGCUCAAUCUCAUCUUCAACAAGUACAUCAUCAGGCUUAUCCUUGACUGCGUCGGCGGUAUCCUCAUUAUCCUCCUCGGGAUCAUCAUCAUCAUCAUCAUCUGCUGUUCCUAAUCUUCUUAAUAGGACAUCAUCCUGCUCAACCAGUAAUUUAUCUGGUUUAUCAACUGUUUCAUCUAGUACGGUUAAAAAGGAUAACAUCGUAUUAAAUAAUAUGAGCAGUAGUAAAAAUGAUGUGCGCCGAUUAUCAGCUUCAUCUGAUCCCCGUCAAUGCAGUAGCAUUAAGAAAGAAAUUACCGCCUCAUCAAACCAAAGAAAAGAUAUGCUCAGUGGUCUCACAUCCACAUCAAUCUCAGCUAGUUACACAUCAUCUUAUGUGAAUAAUUUGUCUCAUAAUCAUUUGGAAACAACAGUCAGCUCACUAAAUAAACGUUCAAAAGAGAACCACAACCAUUCGCAAUCUUCGUUAAAUAAUGGUCCUAAGGCUCUUAAUCGAAGUGAUCUCAAAAAGGAAACAUUAACCAAUACUUCUUAUAAUAGACUCUCGUCUAGUGAUGAUGUGGACCAAGAUUCAGACAAUCAUUUGUCUUCCAGUCAUGAGCUUAGUAACAACAGCUCACGAAAAGGUGAUAAAAUCAAAACACACAUAAAGGAGGAGAAAUGUGAAGUAAAAGAAUCUGGUAAAAUGGGCUCAUCCAAUUUAAACAGUCUACAAUCACCAACAAAGAAACAUGAAAAAGAAAGGAAAAUUUCUCACAGUAGUGGAGGAGAUAAUAUUGGUUUGAGCAAGUUGAAUGAGAAAGUUCGGUCUAUUGGAGACAUUCCUGGUAAAUCUAGUAAAGAGGAGAAGAAAUUGAAAAAAGAAGGUAAAAUCCACAAGGGAUCUGAUCCAUCUGUUAAUAAGGAAAGGGUUAAAUUAAAGUCUCAAUCAUCAUCGUCUACUUCAGGGACACAAUUACUUCAUUCAGAGAAACGAAGUGGUAUCGAAGGAAAGGAGAAAUCAAAGGAAAAGAGUGGUAUUAAAAAAGAGAAAGACAAGGAUAAAAAGCGAGACAAAAGUGGUAAAUCAGUUGAUAAAGAAGGAAAAGGAUCAAAGGACAAAGAGAAAGAGAAAGAUAAGGAUAAGGAUAAGGAUAAAGAUAAAGAAAGUGGUAAAGAGAGAAAGACACAAGAGGAGAGAGAUCAUGAAAUGGCUGAGAGGGAAGAGAAGAAGCAACUUGCCCGACAUCGAUCUGUAAUGAAGAAAUUGGGAAUAACCGAUGAUGAGCCGAUUUAUUUCUCAAUGUAUGAUAAGGUGAAAGCUCGUUCAAGUCAUAAUCAAAGUUUGAAGGAAGCAAAUAAAGAUAUGGACGCCAUGAGGCAGAAAUUCAAUGUGUUAAAGCAAAGUAGAGUUAAAAAGGAUCGAGGUAAUCGUAAUACUGAUUCAGAAUCGGAUACAUCAGAUUCUGAUGCUGAAGGUGGUUCUGUUAGUGGUAACGAAAGAUUAGCAAUGGAUAUUAUGAGUCAAAGAACAUCAUCUUCUUCAUCAACGUCUUUAUCAGCAUCAACGAUCACUGAUGGAUUAACAGCAACAUCAACAUCAACAUCAAACUUAACACCAACACCGAAUGCAGCAGCAAUACCGUCAUCAAAAACAACCUCAUCAUCUUUAUCUGCAACUGCAUCAAUGUCUUCUUCAUUGAAUCGUUUAAAAUCCAAAUCAAGUAUUAGUGAAAAGAAAAGAAAAUUGAUUAUUGAAAGCUCAGCUUCAUCAUCAGAUAAUGAUGAUGAUAGAGAAGAUGAAGCUCCAUCAAGCAUGUUAACAUCAUCAUCAAUAACAUCUAGUGGUAUUUCUUCAAAGAUCCCCAAGAAACGUAAGAAAAGUGCUCCGAUUAAAUCACUCGACUCAGAUUCUGAUUCUAGAGGUGGAAUUAUUAGUGGUAGUGAAAGACCAGCAUUGGAUAUUAUCGGUCAAAGAACAUCAGUAUCUUUAUCAUCAUCAGCAGUGACAGACGGAUUAACAACAGCAACAUCAUCAUCAACAUCGACAGGAGCAAUAGUGGCAUCAUCAGCAUCAACAUCAACAUCAUCAUCAACAACAACAACAUUAUCUACAACGACAGCAUCAACAUCAGCGUCUUCUUCGUUAAAAUGUGCAAAAUCUAAAUCAAGUGUUGGUGAAAAGAAAAGAAAAUUGGUUAUUGAGAGUUCACCUUCUUCAUCAGAUAAUGAUGAAGAUAAAGAAGAUGAAACUACAUCAAAUAUCAUUACAACAACGAUGCCUGCAACAACAACAACAACAACUCCAGCAACAACAGCAGCAACAGCAACAACAACAUCAUCAUCAUCGACUACGUCAACGACAAUGUCUAGUGGCUCUUCUGCAAAGAUUCCUAAGAAAAGUAAGAAAAGUUCUCCAAUUAAAUCACUUGACUCUGAUUCUGAUUCCGAGUUUGACUUCGAGGCUUUAUUAGCCUCAGCAAUGAAAAACGCUGCAUCGUCUAAGAAAAACAAAGAGCAGAUUUAUUCAAGUGAUAGUGAUGAAGAGGUCUCAAUGACUUCACCUCGACAUAAUAAAUCUAAGUCUCAUAAAUUGACGGACGAUAGUUCAGAUGCAGAAAACGCUAAAACAAAGAUACCAAAGAAGCACAAGAAACAUAAGAAGCAUAAAAAACACAAGAAACACAAGAAAGAUGUUGUCAGUGGUUCUUCUUCUCAUUCAAUUAGUAAUAAACAUAAGAAAUCGAAUAAAGAUUGUUCAUUAGAGGUUAAGGUAAAGGAAGAGAAAAUGGAUGAUCAUCGUCUAGAUAAACAUCAUAACCGUGAUUUCAUCACUAGUCAACAUUCAAGUCACAAUUCAAGCUCUUCCAGUUUGAAAGUAGCCUCUGGCUCCUCUGGUUCCUCUGGUUCCUCUGGUUCCUCUGGUCCCUCCGCCUUGACUAAAGAAGAGAACAUAAUUAGGGAGAGGAGAUUUGAAGAGGAGGCCGCCAUUGAAACCCAAAGACUAGUGGAAGAAUUGAAAUCAGAUGAAAGCUGGAAUCAUUUCAAAGAACCUAAAGGACUUUUCGAUGAGCUUAUUGUUUCAUGUUCUGAGAAAGAUGAUGAACUCUCUAAACCAGUUAUGGAAGAGGAGAAAAGACGAAUUCUUGAAUCUAACAUAUUUGGUGCCAUUCCAAGUGGGCCUGAGAGUAAAGUAUCAUUUCCACACCACCUUCACCAUCCAUCCAUUUUGAAUGUUGAUCCAUUCAAGGUUGACGAUGUCAAAGAAUGUGAAAUUGAUGAUCAAAGAAAAAUUGAAGAUGAUUUGGCAGUUUCAGCUCUUCUUCAAGAAAUGAAUGUUGAAACAAUACCUGAACUUACAAAGGAACCUGAACAAUACAUUGAACGUAUUGUAUCACCUUCUGGACCAGAAAAUGAUAUGGGCUAUAUGGUGGCUGAUGAAGAGGCUCCAUUACAAAUCGCCGAAGAACCUGAAGAAAGUGCAAUUAGUAAAUCAGAUGAAUCAUCUGAAAAUGUUGCUGCUAUUAAAAGUAUCGUUUCACCAACAAGAAGCAAUUCUAAUAAUAACAACACCAUUCCAAGUAAAAGUAAUAGUAAUAACAGAUCAUUUAUACCUUUGCCUUCUUCAUCAAAUAAACCAUCAACUGGAGCCUCUAAAAUUAAUGCUAUUAAAUCUAAUAGUAACUCUAUUCACACAUCUAGUCCCAUUAUCAAUUCUGCAUCCACAAUUUGUCAUUCCAGAGAGGAGAAAGAGUCCAUCAAAAAUGUCGAAAAAAGUACAAAGUUCCCAUCACCUACACUUUCAUCUUCUUCGCCUUCUUCAUCAUCAUCAUCGUCAUCAGAGACUGAAACACCGAGUAAUGUUGAUCUUAAUAAGAGAAAAACUGUCGAUAUUAUUUCUGAUACUGUUGCUAUUGGAACAGUUUCGACAACAUUAUCAACAUUAUCAACCUCUGUUACAUCUUCUUUCACCCCUGUUACUACAACUACCGUUACCUCAAGUCGUAGAAUCUCCAUUUUGGAAGAUGACAACAACAGCAUCAGUGAAGAUAAAAAGAAAUAUUCUGAAGAUUUAAAAGCAACUCCUACAUCAUCAACAUUAUCAUCAUCAAUUGUAAAAACAACCUCAGUUCAGCCAAUUUUAACGACAAUACCAACAUCGACUCCAGUAACAUCCAUUACACCAUCAUCGUCAUUAAAACCAACAAUAACUGUAACUCCAGUGACAUCCGCUCCUAUUCCAACAGCAGCAGCAUCUGUAUCAUUAUCAUCAUCUUUCUCUUCAACAACUACAACAACAACAACAACAACACCAUCACCAUCAUCAUCAUCAUCAUCAUCUACAUCAAUUGUAUCAAGAAGAAGAAGCUCCACCAAAUCUGAUGACAAGAAUAUAGAGUCAACUCUGUUUUCAGAAAAGAAAAGAGAAAAUGAUGUUUCUGGUAUCAUUGGUAAGGAAAGUCCUAUUAAGGAACCUAUUAGUCUUGGGACUGGUGCAAAUAAGCAAGAUAGGCGACCAAGUGAAACAUCAUUAUCAUCCAAUUUAUAUUUGGAUUCAAGUCAUAUUGAUUUGAAUACCAGUGAAAAUGAUGGUUGCUUUGAUGAUGGCGAAGAAGGUAAUGAGAAAUUGAUCAUUGAUGAAACACCUUUAGUUGAUAAAAUACCAUCAACAUCAGAUUCACCAUUUCAUCAAAGUGAAACAGGAGAAUCAUUAUCGGAUAAAAUCAAUGAAGAAAAGUCGAAACAAGUGGCCGAACAUGAAAGGAGUAGUGAACAUCGUCAAAUUAUCAGUCAUCAUAAUCGUGAAGAUGAUUUCAGUUUAACUGGUGAAAAUGAUGAAGACAGUUGUAGUCGACCUGUUUUUGAUGAACCUGCUUCUGAUGAUAGUUUGGAUGCAAAUGAAUCAAAUAAAACAUCUAAGUUAAUCAAUGAAAGUAUAAUUGAUUUACUUGCAGAUUCAAGUAAUAAGAAACAACAGCCUGAUACGAGCUCAGAUAGUUCUGAGAAAACUGAAUUGUUUGAUGACGAUUUACCUCAAGUUAAUGAUAUUGAUAGUAAGAGAGAAUCUUUGGAAGAAGAAGAGGAGGAAGAUGAAGAUAAUACGUCAACAAUAUUAGCUGAUAAUAAAGCUUUGAUAAUUGAUAAAAGCAAGAGAUCAUCCGAGUCUUUUGAUUUGGAUAAACCUGAUUUGAAGAUCAACUCCAGUUUUGUUGAUUAUAAAUCAUCUAAACAAGAAAUUGAAUCAGAAAAUGAAGCAGACUCUGAGAAUGAAUCUAAACCUUUGAUAUUCAGUGUAUCUAAAGGUCAAUUUCGUCCAGCCAGUGAUUCAAGUUCACAUCUUCCUAACAUUAAAAUUGACCUUGCAAAAGAAUCAAUUUUACGAUCUGGAGGAGAAGAAAGCAAAGAUGAACUUUCAAGAGAUGAUAACAGUAGACAUGAUGAUGAAUUUGAUGAACGAGGUAAAGGUGUUGAAAGACCACGACGAGGGAGGCGAGCUAAAACUCGAAAAUAUUCAGAAUCAUCUUUACAACUACCUCGUUAUGAAUUGGGCUGUAGUGAUACUCAUUCCAGUGAAUCACAUAAGAAUGGUAAAUCUCCCGUUUCUGAGCGUCCUAAAAGGCAUCUUCGUGGUUCCUUUCAUGGGAAUGAAUUUAAUUCUGAUGAUCAACACGCUAACGACAAUGAAUCAAAUUACAUGUCUGAUGAAGAGCCGAGUAUCUAUUUCACUAAACAUUCAAUGAAUGAGUCACACAUCCAUCAUGAUACCAGUUCUCAGGAUAAAUCAGAAUCACGUAAAAAGAGAGGAAGAAGGAAAAAGGUUUCUGGUAAUGAAGGUUCGUCAUCUAAACCUUACGAAGUAGACAUUCCAUCCAAACACAAGGAAAGAAUUUUCCUUUCUCUGUCCAAUGUUUCAGCUGAAAAACCUUUAACCCUUCCAAAUGAACCUCGAAAAUCGUUGUCACCUUAUGAUGUUUUCGAGUUUCGUGAUUCUGAUGAAGAAGGUCCACCAAGUCUUCCACUUGAAUCAAUGCAUUCCUCUUCUCAGUCUAAAAUUGUCGACCACAAAGCACAACCACAUCCCCACCCGCCACAAUCGACAACGGCAUCAUCUCAACACCAUGUCCAUCAUCAUUCUCAAGUUCAACCGCCAAAUUCAUCAAUCUCUGCAAUAUCAAGUGUAAUUCAAUCAACAUCAUUACAAUCAUCAAGUCAUCAAUUUAGUGCGAAUCAACAUUCACUGCAUCACUCAACUCAUUCAUCUUCUUCAUUAUCUUCCAACUCAUCUCAUCAUCAUAAUGAGUCAAUUGAGAAAAAAUCUGAUGAAACAACUUGUUCAACAUCAUCAAUAUUACCAACACCACCACCAUUAAUAACAUCAUCGUCAAGUAAAAGUGAUCAUGUUAAUGAAUCGACAAGCGGUAAAGAAUAUGUUACCGAACUUAGUCAGCACGGUAAACUUUCAAUUACUAUUCGAUUGCACCCGAAAGAAGGGCAAGAUGGCAAAGAUGGUUCAGCUACUACAGCUGAAGUUGUCAAAUCAAGUAAAGCUUUGCAAGCAGAUGAAGAGAAAUUUAAAGAUGAUAAAGAUGAGACUACAUGUACCAGUGUUUCCGGAAACAUCAAUGAAAACAGUGGUUCUAAUGCCACGAAUCAAUCAACCUCUUCGAGUGUUGCACAAUUAUCAACAUCAUCCAAUGUACAAGGAUCAACAGCUGGUACAUCGAAUGCGCCAACCACAGCAACAUCUAGUUCGGCGGUAAAACCAACCCGCAAAUCAGCUCGACUUAUGUCUCAAGCCAAUAAAACAACUGUCGAUGAGGUUAUUGAGGAUGUUGUCAAGGGCGUUGGCUCUUACAAAUUUGAGUUAAGUAAAUCUUUCAAGCGAUCAACACGUUUGAGUAAGAAAGCUGAUGAAAUUCAUGAAGAAGAGGAAGAUUCAUUCACUGAUUCCAAGAAUGAUUCAGUCGAUAGUGAAGGUAAAGGUGAUUCUAAAAACGCUAUUCGCACUUUACGAAUUACCAGAUCUGUUGCUAAAGGAGGUAGUUCUACUACUACGACAACAGAAUCUGAAACAACUUGUUCUGUGAGUUCUGGUAAAGAAACAAACAUCGAAGGUAAUCAAAAACGUCCAACUUUACCUGUACUUAAAGUGGAAUUACCCAAAAUGUCGUCAUUUAGUAGAAUCAUUGAAAGGAAAACUGAAACAUCUACGACAACAACAGUUACAGCAACGGUCACUUCAGCACCUACGACGACAACCACAGUAACAAUAUCGACAAAUCAAAAUGAGCUGAAGGUAAAACAAGAACAACCUCAACCACAGUUACAGGCGCAACCUCAGAAUCUACCAGAACCGCAGCCUCAACCACAACAAUCUGCUCCUCAACCUCAACCUCAACCUCAACUUCAACCUCUUCCGUCUGUUACUCAACCACAGACUCAACCUCAAAUUCAACCUCAGCCUCAACCUUUAUCUCAAACGACGAUAUCAGUUGCUCCAGCGCCAGUACCAAGUGUGCAAGCUCAAUUACAAAAUCAAGCACUACAACAAUCAUCAUCUACUGAACCAGCAAAUAUUAAAUGUGACGAUGAUAAUGAUAUACCAAAAUUACAUCCAUUCGCUAAAAUUAUUGACAGAAAACCUGAAUCAUCAGUGAAAACAGCAACUCAUAUCAGUUUACAGUCAAAACAACCAGAACAAGUCACUCCACAGCCUCAACAAUCAACUCAAGUACCAGCACAUCUUCCACCUCAGCAACUACCCCAACCGCCAACACCCUCAGUUCCAGCAUUACCUACGAAUAUCACUCUCGUAGAGAAGGUUGAAACUACACGAUUACCAUUCAGUAAAAUCUUCGAUAGAAAACCAGAUACAAAAACAACAACUAUUGUAUCUCAACCCAUUGAUCAACAUCAAGCUCAACAACAAAAGCAACAAGCACAACCUCAACAACAUCCACACCCAAACUCUCAUCAUCAGCAUCAAUUCCAACAACAACAACAACAACCUUCAGCAUCAAAUACAAAUGUAUUGUCUGGUGCCAAUGUUUCACUUGGGGACAAUGUUGAAAUGCCAAAAGUACCUCCACUUGGCAAAAUUACUGAAAGAAAACCAGAACCAGUGUCUUUGUCAUUCCUGGCUGAACAACAACAACAACAACAACAACAACAACAACACUAUCAACCCAAACAGUUGCAACAACAACAACCAACAUCUCGACCUCCAUCAAACUCUUCGGUUACAAAUGUUUCUCUUGUACCUAAUAUCGAAAUGUCAAAGGUACCAUUUGGUAAAUUAUUUGAUAGAAAAUCAGAAUCAGCAGCAACCGCUGCUUACCUUAAUGAACAUCACCAUCAACAAAUAUUGUUGCAACAACACCAUCAACAACAGCAUCAGCAACAACUUCAGCACCAAAAACAAGCACAUUUACUACAACAACACCAACAUCAACAACAUCCACAGUCGGUGACACCAAACUCAUUAUUACCAACAAAUGUCUCGAUGCAUCACCAACAGAUGAAACAACAUCAACAUCACCACCAACAAUCAUCUACACCAGUACCUCCUCCACCAAUGUUGUCACCGAAUAUAUCACUUGUUCCUAACGUUGAAUUGUCCAAAUUACCUUUUGGUAAAAUCAUUGAAAGAAAAACUGAAUCAUCUCCCGCACCAGCACCUUCUCCUUAUCUUAAUGAGCAACAUCAACAACAGUUAUUAUUAAUGCAACAUCAUCAGCAAGCACAAAAGCAUCAACAACAACAACAACAGCAACAACAACAACCUCACCAGCCACAUCAGCAACAACCACCUUUAUCUCAUCAACAUCCACAUCAGCAACAUUUACAGCAACAACAAUUACAUCAACAACAAAGACAAUCAUCUACACCCACAGCCCCUUCAAUUUUACCUCCAAACAUUUCGAUUCAACAACAUCACCAACAACAACAAGCGAAACAACAACAACCGUCCCCCACAUCUGCUUCAUCUACAUUAUCUCCUAAUAUUCCAAUGUCCGAUAAUGUUGACAUUAUGUACAUUCCUUCAAUGCCACCGGUAAUGCGUAAUUUAGUCGCCGCUGCUUCCGCUUCACCAGGUCCAUAUCUGCGCCCCUCAAGUCAACCUCCUCCUCACAUGAUUGUACCACCGCAUCUUGCACUUCACCCAUCUGAGUACUUACGACAUCAACAAAUGAUGUUUGCUAAUCAUCCUCAUUACUCACAACAAAUUCAAAUGAGAGCUCAAAAUGAAAUGACAGCAAGAGCUGUUGCUGCGAUGGGAAUACCACACCGAUUACCAUAUCCACCUGGAUUCCCUCUUUCACUAAUUACUGAUGAGAAACCACUUCCACCUCCACUGCCUUACGGGCCACCUCCAGCCCAUGCAAUGUCACAACCAAGUCCACUUCAUCCACAAUCACAUCCACAAACACCACCUCAUGCAAGUCAAGUGCCACCCCAUGAAUACCAAUUACUAUCACGUUACCCUGUUCUCUGGCAGGGAUUGUUAGCACUUAAAAACGACCAAGCAGCAGUUCAAAUGCACUUUGUUUCAGGUAACCAUAGAGUUGCCAACUCAUCGUUACCACCAAUAAUGGGAGAAGGUGGAGCACCACCGAUUCGAAUAGCCCAACGGAUGAGAUUAGAACAAUCGCAAUUAGAAGUAGUUGCUCGUAAACUACAGAUGCAAGAUGAACAUGCUAUUCUUUUAGCUUUACCCACUGGUCGUGAUCACAUGGACAUUCUUCUUCAAUCAAAUAACUUACGAAAUGGUUUCAUCAAUUACCUUCAAAGUAAACAAGCAGCAGGUAUAGUCAACUCAAAUGCACCAGGAUCUCAGCAGGCUGCCUAUGUUAUCCAUAUAUUUCCUUCAUGUGACUUUUCAAAUGAAAAUCUUGCUCGGAUUGCACCAGAUUUGUUUCACAGCAUCUCGGAGAUUGCUCAUCUUCUCAUCAUAGUUGCCACCGUGUAAAAUAUUUGAGCAAAAAAUAACAACAGCAACAAUAACAAUCAAUAUCAUAAUGAUAAUGAUGAUGAUUCAUUGAUGAGGAUAAAAAAAACCAAAAUUUUCAGUGUACAAAAUAAUAAAAUAACAAAUUAAUCUCGCAA